AUGUCCAGCUCGUUGAACAAGAUCGCGCCCAACAGCCCCUCGAAGGCGAACCCUUCUGAGAUCGAGACCAGUAUCGCCAACGCGUUGACUGACCUCGAGAACAAUGUGCCCGAUCUGAAGAGCUCCCUGCGCCCUCUGCAGUUCGUCUCUGCUCGCGAGAUCGAGGUUGGACACGGCCGCAAGGCCAUCGUCAUCUUCGUCCCGGUUCCCCUUCUCCAGGGCUGGCACAAGGCCCAGCAGCGUCUCACCCGUGAGCUCGAGAAGAAGUUCUCUGACCGUCACGUCCUGAUUGUCGCUUCCCGCCGCAUCCUACCCCGCCCCAAGCGCUCCAACCGAUCCCGCAGCUCGCAAACACAGAAGCGUCCCCAGUCGCGAACCCUCACCGCUGUCCACGACGCCAUCCUGUCCGACCUCGUCUACCCCGUCGAGAUUGUCGGCAAGCGCCUCCGUACCCGCGAGGACGGCAGCAAAAUCCUCAAGGUCGUUCUCGACGAGAAGGAGCGCGGUGGUGUUGACUACAGGCUCGACACCUACACCGAGGUCUACAAGCGCCUCACUGGCAAGGGCGUCAACUUCGAGUUCCCCCAGAGCGCUGCUACCGAUUACUAG